AUGGAAGCCCCCAAAAUGCAGAGUCCUCGUCACAGCCGCCUUAAUCUCCUGCACUCUGUCUUUCUAUGCCAAUUUCCUCAUAUCUAUCUAUCUAUCUAUCUAUCUAUCUAUCUAUCUAUCUAUCUAUCUAUCUAUCUAGUUUUAGAUAUCUAUCAAUCUAUCCAAUUCUUGGAUAUCUAUCUAUCUAUCUAUCUAUCUAUCUAUUUCUUGGAUAUCUAUCUAUCUAUCUAUCUAUCUAUCUAUCUAUCUAUCUAUCUAUCUACUAACUCUCUCUCUCUCUCUCUCUCUCUAUAUAUAUAUAUAUAUAUAUAUAUAUAUAUAUAUAUAAUUGGAUAUUCAUAUCUAUCUAUCUAUCUAUCUAUCUAUCUAUUUCUUGGAUAUCUAUCAAUCUAUGCAAUUCUUGGAUAUCUAUUUAUUUAUCUAAUUCUUGGAUAUCUAUCUAUCUAUCUAUCUAUCUAUCUAUCUAUCUAUAUAUAUAUCUUUGAUAUAUAUAAUUUUUGUAUGCAAUUCUUGAUAUCUUGGAUAUCUAUCUAUCUAUCUAUCUAUCUAUCUAUCUAUCUAAUUCUUGGAUAUCUAUCUAUCUAUCUAUCUAUCUAUCUAUCUAUCUAUCUAGCUAGCUAG